AACAAAUAAAUAAACACUUGUUUACAAUUGUGGUUAGAGAAUCAGAAAACUACAUCUUCCACAGAAUGUUAUAAAACACUGGCUUAACUUUUGUUCAUUUCAUUCAAACAAGUGAUCACCAUGCAUUUCUUGUUGUUAGCACCUGUAUUCAUUUGUGUACUUCAUUUGAAUAUUAAUAGUAUCGCAAGCUACCCUGUCUUGAAAAAUGUUGCAUAUGCUAAACCAGUGACGUUAAGUUCAGAAAUGUUUCCAUCAUCAAAUGCUGUCAAUGGUCUUCUAUUUGACUUUGCCCACACUUUGGGAGAAAAAUCUCCUUGGCUAAGGAUAGAUCUAGAAGCACAACACGUUAUCCAUGAAGUAGAAGUAUUUGCCAGAUCUGAUUGUUGUGGUAAUCAGUUACACGAUUUUGAUAUCAAAGUUGGAGAAAACAUUCAGGACAUGCAUUUCUGUGGACAUUUUACGGGUCAUGCGUUCAAAGGUCAAAGAAUUGCAACGUUUUGUCCCCAUAACACAGUGGGACGUUAUGUGGAGUUACAGAUCGUCAACGGAAAUUUCAACUACUUGACUCCUGCAGAGGUUCUUGUCUGGGGUGUACUUGUAGAAUGA